CAAUCGGGUAGCGGUCCAUGAUAAGGUGGAGAGAAAGAAGAAGAAGAGACGCAGAAGUGGACGGUCACGAAUCAAGAUGACGACUUCAUGGAGCGACCGUCUGCAGAACCACGCUGAGCUACCUGCCAACAUGGACGGUGUGGCCAUGAAGAAGUACCGCCGGGAAGCUCACCAAAGCUUUCCAAGGGAUCAGACUCAAACCCAUCCUGCAACAAGAGUGUUUGUCAAUCGAAGCUUGGCCAUGGAGAAGAUCAAGUGCUUUGGGUUUGACAUGGAUUACACUCUGGCAGUGUAUAAAUCUCCUGAGUACGAGUCGCUAGGCUUCGACCUGACGGUGGAGCGCCUGGUGAACAUUGGUUAUCCACAAGAGCUGCUCAACUUUGUCUACGACCCCUCCUUCCCCACCAGAGGUCUGCUGUUUGACACAACGUAUGGCAAUCUGCUUAAAGUGGAUGCAUAUGGGAACAUCCUGGUGUGUGUGCACGGAUUCAACUUCUUGAGGGGACCGGACAUCAGAGAGAUUUACCCAAACAAAUUCAUUCAGCGUGGAGACACUGACCGCUUCUACAUCCUUAACACACUCUUCAACCUACCUGAAACCUACCUCUUUGCCUGCCUGGUGGAUUUCUUCAGUAACUGCUCCAGAUACUCCAGUUGUGAGGCUGGCUUCAAAAAUGGUGACCUUUUCAUGUCCUACAAGAGCAUGUUCCAGGACGUGCGAGACGGUGUGGACUGGGUUCAUAUGAAGGGGUCUUUAAAAGAGAAAACUGUUGAAAACCUGGAGAAGUAUGUGGCAAAGGACCCCAAGCUUCCUCUGCUCCUCAGUCGCAUGAAUGAAGUAGCCAAAGUGUUUCUGGCCACCAACAGUGAUUACAAAUACACAGAGAAAAUUAUGACCUACCUUUUUGGCUUUCCUCAUGGCCCAAAGCCAGGCACACCCCACCGGCCCUGGAAGUCCUACUUCGACAUGAUCCUGGUGGACGCCCGCAAGCCUGUGUUCUUUGGAGAGGGGACGGUGCUGCGGCAAGUGGACACUACCACAGGCCGGCUGAGGAUCGGCACAUACACAGGGCCCCUGCAGCAUGGGAUUGUUUACUCUGGAGGUUCUUCAGACAUUGUGUGUGAUCUGCUGGGGGCUAAAGGAAAAGACAUCAUCUACAUUGGAGACCACAUUUUCGGUGACAUCCUCAAAUCAAAGAAGCGUCAGGGCUGGAGGACCUUCCUGGUGAUUCCUGAGCUGGCCCAGGAGCUGCACGUGUGGACCGACAAGAGCUCCAUCUUUGAGGAGCUUCAGUCUCUGGAGUGCUUCCUCGCAGAGCUUUACAAGCAUCUGGACAGCAGCAGCAACGAGAGGCCGGACAUCAGCUCCCUGCAGAGACGCAUUAAGAAAGUGACCCAUGACAUGGACAUGUGCUACGGCAUGAUGGGAAGUCUGUUCCGCAGUGGAUCCCGACAGACGCUGUUUGCCUCGCAGGUGAUGCGCUACGCUGACCUUUACGCCGCCUCCUUCAUCAACCUGCUGUACUACCCCUUCAGCUACCUGUUCAGGGCGGCCCACGUGCUGAUGCCCCAUGAGUCCACGGUGGAGCACACCCACGUCAGCGUCAUGGACACCGAGUCUCCGCUGGCAACACGCAACCGGCACGAUGUGGACCUCAAAGAGAUGGAGUGCAAACGGCACCAGCUGACUCGGUCCGUCAGUGAGAUCCAGCCCCCCCACUUCUUCCCUCAGCCCCCACAGGAGAUCACACACUGCCACGAUGAGGAUGAUGACGAGGAGGAGGAGGAGGACGAGCAGUAGAGAGGGGGUGAAGCAGCAGAGUCUGCAUAUGAGGCAUGACAUAGACCACUGGGGGUGGGUCCCGUCUCUUCCCUGCAGCCUGCACCUGUCCACGGGGAGAGAAAGCUGUUAUUCUAGAUGCAUGUCUGUUAGGGUGAGAUGAAGGCGAAGCCAUGGUGACAUUAAAGUGAAAGUGUUCAGGAGUCCUGUAUACAUGCACUCAUUGUUCUGUAAACGUCUCUCUGCUGCUUUCCCCUGCUCCACAGCGCUCUCUGUACAACAUGCUGACCCUAACUCUGCUGAGACUGCUACCUCAGGCAUUUUAGGGACCAUGUUCAGAAGAUAACUGAUGAUGCAUGUGUCCUCAACAGAGCGCAAGGUGUUUGGAACAUGGACCUGGGAAAUGUAGGAACUUAUUAACAGCACAUCCAAGGGUGGAUUUUGACUUGAAGGACUGUCAUUUGGUUAUUUGGCACAGCUGCCAUGGAUCACAAACGGUUCCUCUCCAUAAGAGUUGUGUGUGCAGCAGAAGGUUUUUAAAAGUGUGUUUUAAAGGUGAGGUGGAUGGGAGGCUGCUAACACGGUAUCACUAACAUGGCAGCGGCUUAGAGAAACUCCCCCUACUUAUUUAUACACUGCCAUAUCCACCAGAAUGUAAAUGAAGUCUGUCUGUAUUAAGUGUUUCUUUUAAAGGGUAGUGCAGAUAUUACACCCUGCUUUAUUUAUCUCACAUAGUUGGAAUGAGAAUGAAUGUUAAAGUAUAUUUUGAACAUCUGAAAUGAGAGAGGUAUGAAAGCUUUUCAGAUAACAAAACAAAUUGCAUUUUGACGACCUCAUAGAUGAUUGAGUUUUUUUAAGCGAACGGUUCAAAUGUAUAUUAAGACAAAAUGUAUGAGUUAAUAUAUUGUCGUUAUGAUAUAAGUCUAAAUUGUGUUCUUCAGAGCCGUGAGUCAAACAUAGAGUUACUGUGAUAUUUAGGUUGGCCUGCUGCUUUCAACAUGCUGUUACUGUAGUGUGAGAACCACACACACCACAUGAUGACUGGUGUAUUUCAGUGGGGUGUACGGUCAUGUGUUACUGCCUUUGCUUUAGAGGGCCUGUGAUGGAACAGGAGGAGCUGUGAUGUAAAGUCCUCUCUGCUGCAAUAUUAGGAGCUGCUGCUGAACACUGAUGUGCAUUCUAUCUGCUUGGGCCCGCAUCUUUUUUUAUUUGUAUUUGUAUGUCCUGCUGAAAGCUGAUUGUUAAACAUGUCCAGCCCCGCUGCAGCUUGCAAAGAUAUUCCUGCUAUUUGAGUGGGAGCAAUAGCAGACUGUUGAAACUCAAAGGUUUCUUUUUCUCUAUUCUGUUUGCUGUCAGCAGAUAGUCACACAUACUAAAGUGUAAAGUCAACCAAAUGAAUGUUGUUGUUUUCUUACCAGCCAUAUUUAACGCAUGCUGCAUUUAUUCAGUUUUAUUUGAAAUGUUGUGAAGAUGAAGAAGUUGAAGUUCAGAUGCUGUGAGGGAGUCUGUUUUUAAUAAAGGUUCUCAACUGAUA